GCAGUCACAUGAGUAGGAAAGGAACACGCUAUGUAGACUUGAUGGCCAAACCUAAACCUGUUUGGAUUCUGAACCCCAAAGAACUGCAGCCUCUGUAUUCAUAUCCCUCUUCUCCCUCCAUCUCUGCCUUGGGCUCAGGGUUCAAAUAAGACAAAAUGUCAGACACAGAAGAAGUGGAGGAAGUGCAGGAAGAAGAUGGAGCCAAGCCCAAACCAAAGUUUGUGCCAAACAUCUCUGCACCAAAGAUGCCUGAUGGCGAGAAAGUGGAUUUUGAUGACAUCCACAGGAAGCGUCAGGACAAGGACCUGUCUGAGCUCCAGUCUUUGAUCGAGUCUCACUUUAUCCAGAGGAAGAAGGAAGAAGAGGAGCUCAUCAGUCUCGUCAACAGGAUUGAGAAACGUCGCGCAGAGCGGGCAGAGCAGCAGAGGGUUCGUGCAGAGAGGGAGAAGGAGAGGCAGGCCAGGGUUGCGGAGGAGAAGGACAGGAAGGAGGCAGAGGAUCAGCGUAGGAAGCAGGAUGAUGAUAUCAAGAAGAAGAAGGCUCUCACCAACAUGACCCACCAGUAUGGAGGAAUCCAGCAGAAGAGUGAAAACCGCAAAGGAGCCAAGAAACAGACAGAGAGAGAGAAGAAGAAGAAGAUUCUUGCUGACCGAAGGAAACCUCUCAGCAUCGACCAUCUGAAUGAGGACAAACUCAAGGAGAAGGCCAGUGAGAUGUGGGAGCGAAUGAUGGAGUUGGAGGCAGAGAAGUUUGACCUCAGUGAGAAACUCAAGAAACAGAAGUAUGAUAUUAACCAGCUUCUCACCCGGGUCCAGGACCACCAGAGCGCCAAAGGUCGAGGCAAGAAGACGGGCCGUGUGAGGUAAAGGAGCAGCCGCCAUGGUCGAGGGCAGACAGCCAUGAUGAUAAUGUGUCUGUAUACGUGAUGUUCAUUGUUCCGUCUGGUAUAACAGCAGACUGGAUCACAAGUCAAUAAAAUGGUUCAUUCAA